AUGCGGUCUGUCCUGAACGGGAUACUCGCCAUAGCGCAGGUCGUCGCCGCCUGCUUCAUGGCUUGGAAGGCCCUUUCAAUUUGGGCCGGUAUGCCGUACCCGGUGAUGAUAGUCACUACUGAGUCUAUGGCUCCCGCAUUCGUCCCGGGAGACGUCUUAUUCAUCUCCAACCACCAUCGAAAUGUUGCAAUAGGCGACAUGCCUAGCAAUCCGGAUUUGACCCAGCUCAACCUGACGAAGCGGGACAAUAACCUCAUCGACGAUACGUUACUGUAUCCUGACGGCCAGAAUUACUUGGCCCGCAGCCAGGUUCUUGAUCCACAUUGGAGAUAUGCAGAAAAGAAAACGGAAACCCAUGCCAUGCCCGCAACUGUUCGCGCCAGCGGUGAAAAGAUCCCUCUGAAGACGCUUGACACUUUCAUCUUAGAUAUCGCAGUCUCUCCCGCGGCAGCAAGGAAACACAGCUCAAAGAAUAGGAUGUCUCGGAAUAGUGGCCCGUCUCCCAAUGACCAUCCAACCAAUGCCUGUGACAAACCAGAUAUUGUGAAUAUGAGCUACGCAAUUAUUGUCUUUUUCAAGCUUGAGCCCGGCUAA